AUGAGCGCGGCCACCGCCGGCUUGCGCGACGCCGCGGCCAUCCUCGGCGCCCUCUCCGCCGCCUCCGCCGCCGAGCUCCACGCGCACGCCCUAAAGCUCGGAUUCCUCCCCUCCUGCCUUCACCUCUGCUCGUCCUUCCUCAAGUCCUACGCCGCCUCGGGCCGCCUGGCCUCCGCGCGCCAGCUGUUCGACGAAACGCCCCGCCGCGACAUCCCUCUAUGGAACACUCUCCUCUCCGCCUGCGCGCGCUCCCGUCAGCCCCACCACGCCCUGCUCGCCGCCUCCGCCAUGGUAGGCGCGGGUUCCCGGCCCAACAACCUCUCCGUCACGAGCGUCCUGUCCGCGUGCGCGCAGCUGAGGGGUCUGGCGUGCGGGAGAGAGCUCCACGGGUACGCCGUGAGGAAUAUCCCCAUUCUCGAUCUGCGCCUUCGCAACGCGCUGGUGAGCAUGUACGGGAGGUGCGGACGGCUUGCUGAAGCGAACACGGUGUUCGCCGGCAUGGGAGACACCAAGAGCGUGGUUUCUUGGACCUGCAUGAUCAAUGCCUGCUGCGAGAAUGGACGCCCGGCCGAGGCGCUGGAGGUGUUCGAGCAGAUGAGGCUUGCCGUUGCCAAGGUCGACGAGGUCACCCUGCUCGCGGUCAUCUCGGCGUGCGCGAAAUUGGAUUGCACUACCUCGGAAUUGCCCAACUGGGUGGACCAGCAUGCAUGUGAGAAUGGCUUCUUGGAGAACAACGCCCGUGUCGCCAACGCGCUCAUCCAUAUGCAUGGUAAGCUUGGUAGGCUGACAAGGUCAUGUGAGAUAUUUGACUCGAUGGGCACGAAGAGGACCGUGGUCUCCUGGACAGCCAUGAUACAGGCGCUCGCCAUGCACGGGCAUGGCGUGGCUGCCCUUGUCCGGUUUUCGCAGAUGCUCAGGCAAGGGUUCUGGCCUGACGAGGUUAUCUUCUUGACCAUGCUCAGUGCCUGCUGCCACUCCGCGCUUGUGAGCGAAGGGCGCCAGCUAUUCAAGUCCAUGGUCGAAGACUAUCAGAUCACGCCAUGGAUGGAGCACUAUGGAAGCAUGGUGGACCUCCUGUGCAGGUCUGGCUUGUUAGACGAGGCGUUUCAGUUCGUCCUGACCAUGCCUGUGAAGCCUGAUCCUGUAAUAUGGCGUGUACUGACCGGAGCAUGUCGUGAUCAUGGAAAUAUCAGUUUAGCAAGGAAGGUGGUUGAUCAUGUGAUCGGCAUGGAUCCCAACCAUCGGGGGAAUUAUGUGCUCGCGUCAAACUUGUAUGCUGCUGAUGAGAAUUGGGGGCGUGUUCUGGAUGUAAGGGUGGAGAUGGGUGUGAGGAAAGAGACGUCAAGAUGCAGUACUGCUGUGUCGUCUUACGUUGAAAUCGAUGGUGAAGAAGAUGCAGAAAGCUUCUCUUCUAUGCAGCUCCAGUAACUUUUCCAUCUCCACUACUAUGACAUAUGCUUCAAGUACAAUCAUGUAUUUUAUGUUCUGUUACUAGCUAGGAUGCAGAAUUGUGCAAGUUUCUAUGC